CAUCAUGGUGAUCAGGUGGGCGAUCUGCAGCGCUGGAAAAAUCAGCCAUGAUUUCACUGUGGCAUUAAAGAGCCUCCCUGCUGAUCAGCACCAGGUGGUGGCUGUGGCAGCUCGCAACUUGAAGCGGGCAGAAGAGUUUGCUCAGAAACACAGCAUCCCCAGGGUGUAUGGCAGCUAUGAAGAACUGGUCAAGGACCCUGAGAUAGACGUGGUAUACGUGGGCACCAUCCAUCCCCAUCAUCUCUCAGUGAGCCUCCUCUUCCUGAACGCUAAGAAGAAUGUUCUGUGUGAGAAACCUCUGGCUAUGAAUCUAAGAGAGGUGCAGGAACUUGUAGCCGCAGCCAAGAUGAACAACGUUUUUUUGAUGGAAGCUGUGUGGACUCGGUUCUUUCCUGCCUCGUUGGAGAUAUCCCGGCUGCUGGCGGAGGAAGCUGUAGGAGAGGUGAAGCUGGUGCGGGCAGAGUUUGGGGUAGCCAUAAUGAAAAUCCGUCGCUCAGUGGAGAAGGAGCUGGGAGGGGGUGCGCUGCUUGAUAUUGGUAUCUACUGCCUGCAGUUUGCCCUCAUGGUGUUUAACGGGGAGAAACCUGAGUGCAUUCAGGCUACUGGAGUCUGUCUGGAUAAUGGGGCGGACGAGAGCAUGGUGAUCACACUGAAGUUCUCACAGGGAAGGAUAGCAGUGUGUACAUGUACAAUAGCUCUAGAUCUUCCUAAUGAAGCUGUUAUUUUUGGGACUAAGGGAACUAUCAGGGUCCCUACUCAUAUGUGGUGUCCUACAUCACUGAUAGUAAAUGGAAAAGAGACUGACUACCCUGUACCUGAACCUUACCUUCCUACCAACUUUAUAAACAGCACUGGCAUGAGAUAUGAGGCAGAGGAAGUGAGACGCUGUCUGCUGCAAGGACUCAAAGAAAGUCCCUGUAUGUCACACGUGGACUCGGCUCUGCUGGCCGAGAUAAUGGAUGAAUGCAGGAGGCAGGUUGGAGUGAAGUACAUCCAAGACCGUCAGUGAUCUUCUCCCAUUACCAGAUUUCAGAGUUCAGUGGUUUACUACUUAUAAAUGUCUAUUCAAUGAAAACAGAUUAUGCUCUUUUGAGCUUGAUUUAUACUCUUAUAAUUAUAAAUAUAUAUACUGUAA